AUGCCCCGGCCCAAGGUCAGACCCGAAGACCGUAGGCGUUCGGUCAGGGCAUGCGAUACAUGCAAGCAUCUGAAAAAGCGGUGCGACUCUCUCCUGCCCUGCACGCCCUGCACCAAAAAGGGCAUCUCCGAGUCCUGCGAGUAUUCUGAAAAGACUCGCAGACGACUCGAGAGGCCCUAUUCUCCACCACAGCAGAGAUCCGUCCACAAACGGGAGUCACGAGCUGGCUCGGCUUCCAGCCAUGCUCCGAGCAGUAGUGCUCCGCAGGCCAACCAUGAGCCCACGGUUUUCGAGGACACACGGGAUAACACUCGCGCAAACACUCGAGAAAAUACACCUGCACCCUUUGUAGGACAAAAGCCUGUUAUGUUGUUCAGUUCAACUGGUGAAAAAGUCUUUGUUGGAAACACAGCAGCACUUUCGUUCCAUCAAUUCCUAAGGAAGAUAUUGAAGCGUUUUGCUGGACCGUCAAGUUUCACGGAAGGCCAACAGAGUCGUCGAAUGCUCGAAAUAGACAUUCCCGACAGUGAAGCCAGCGCGUUUCACGAUGACCUGACAGAGGAAGACAAGAGAGCACUGAUACAGUGCUUUCUGGAUGCUUCAUGUGGACUACUAGACCUCUUCACACAACCAGAUAUCGAGCGGCUCAUCAGUCUAGCUCGGCAUGCACAAGAAAAUGGCCUCGAUCAGAUCCGUGGUACACACCGGGAAGACCUAGCAUCCUUUUAUGCAAUGAUUGCGAUAGGUGCACAAUGUCGAGGGCGUGAUCUCCAGGAACGAUUAAAUGCGGCGAGGUACUUUUCCAAGGCACGACAAUUGUCCUUUGAGAGUAUGCUGCAGGAUCCCACCACAAACAUGGCUCGCGCCUUUCUCCUAAUGGCCUUUUUCAUGUUUGGAGCAUGUCGUAGGAAUACUGCAUUCAUGUUUAUUGGUGUUGCUUCGAAAGCCGCUGUCGUUCUCGGGUUACACGUAUCUGGGCAAUACAAGUAUUUGUCACCUGAAGAACGCGAUAUGAGGCUACGGACAGGUAAAAGCAUCAGAGCACUAGAUCUAGUGUGCAGUUCGAUACUAGGCAGGCCCGGUAGCACGCUCUCCCUUCGCGCCGACGACGUAUACGCUAGCGACCUAAGCCCAGAGUCUACAGGGCACCGAGCUGUGGCCUUGAGCGCAACCUACGAGGCCUCGACGGUACUCGAAUCCAUCGUCCACAAAGCCGCCCAAGACAGCAACAUGGAUGCCGGUACCGCUGAGAACUUUCUCCAGAUGCUCAAGGAGUGGAGCGGCGCAUUACCGCCAAUUCUCCGCCAACGGCGCCGGAGCGACUCGAUGCAACUGGACCCGUCGUAUAGAGAAUCAUCGAUUGGGAAUAUCCACGUUGCGUGUACUUAUUAUUUUGGAGUUAUAUUAACGACUCGCCACUUUCUCAUCCAGCACACGAUGCCGCUCUUGCGAAAACCUCCGAUGCAGGGAGCGACCGGUGACAAGAGUUCGUUUCGCGACCAUGGCAAAGUGGCAGAAAUGGCUCACGUCUGUAUCGAUGCAGCUGUAUACAUGGCACAGAUGUGUGCAGAGGCUGCAGACGGAGGGGUGCUGCUGGGGAACAUGUGCAUCCUCAAGGCCUGGAUAUUUGCUGCUGGGCUAGUCUUGGGAUUUUGUCUCUUAUCAGGCGACCAAACCAAUACACAUGCAGGCGAAGCAUUUGACGGAUCUCGAAGGGUACUCGCAUGGCUAGGCCAAUUAAGCCCACAGGCUCAACAAUAUCAUGAAAUUUUGACGAGCUUCUCCGACGCCAUUACCACGUACAAGGCCAAGCUAGCCCGCGAGAAAGAAAGAUCAAAAGUGCCACUGGUGGAAAAAAUAUUGUCAUUGGAGCCUGUCGGUGGCCCGCAAGACCAGCCAGGCUCAAUGACGUCCAUGUUGGAUGGUGUUGAUGCGACAUUGUCGCUCCCCGAGGCCCCCGAUAGUGAAACAACGCCGACAUCGUGGUCCGACAUAUUAGGAACACAGUCUCUGCUAGAUUUCCCAGUACCUCCUGGUGAAGACGAAGUCAUGCUCAACCUGUUUUGGGAUGGAUACGCAAUGAACUUUGGUGCGCCUGUUCCCCACCAGUGA